CUCAACUCGGCCUCAGUCGCUCGGCCAUCUUGGGUGAGGGAGGACCUUGUGCGUGCUCCUCCGCGUUAAAUUUCUCUCGGUUCCUCCACGAAGCUUAUUUCUGGGAUUUUGGCGACGCGGGAAUCCUCUCCAGCGCACCGAGAAGGAGGAGAGACCCGAAAAGGGACUAGCUAGCCAAAAUGUCGGACAGCGAGGCUAGCUACCACUCCGACUCCGACCAUGAGAAGUCCAGGGGAGGAAGUGAUAGUGAGGGAGAGCAGCGCAGGAGUCGUAGCCGCAGUAGGAGUGGCAGUCGCAGUGUGAGCAGAGGCCGCAGCGGCAGCAGAAGCAGAAGUCGCAGUGCCAGUGGGAGUAGGAGCAGGAGCCGCAGCAGGUCUGGGAGCAGGAGUCGGAGCAGGAGCAGAAGCAGGAGUCGCAGCAGAAGCCGCAGCCGUAGCAGGAGUAGAAGCAGAAGCAGGAGUAGGAGUAGGAGCAGAAGCCGAAGCCGCUCAGUGAGGUCAGAUGAGGCGGAAGAGGCAAGGAGUGGCGAAGAAGAAAUCAGUGGAGAUGAAGAGCCGGCGGACGGGGAGGAUCUUGCCAACUCAGAGUAUGACAGCGAGGAGGAUGAGGAGGAUGACCGCCAGCCUAAGAAGAAGAAGAAGAGAGGAAUGGUGUCUGACUAUUUCCUGGAGGAGGCCGAGGUGGACGACGACGAAGGGGAAGAUGAUGACGAGGAUGAGGGAGACUACUAUGAUCUACUGGGGAAUGAGAAGGAAGAAGUGGGUGUUACAGCCAGGGAGAUUGAAGCAAAUCGCCGUGCUCACAGUGUGUGGGACAAUGAGCGAGAGGAGGAGAUUGAAGAAUACUACCGUCGCAAGUAUGCUGAGGAAUCGUCGGCUGCCAUGCGCUUCGGCGAGGGAGGUGAGGAGAUGAGCGAUGAGAUCACCCAGCAGACUCUCUUGCCCGGUGUGAAGGAUCCUAAUCUUUGGAUGGUCAAGUGUCGCAUUGGUGAGGAGAAGAUCACUUGCUUGCAACUGAUGCGCAAAAUGAUUGCUUACCAGUUCACAGAGGAGCCGCUGCAGAUCAAGUCUGUGGUGGCUCCAGAAGGAGUGAAGGGGUACCUCUACUUUGAGGCCUAUAAGCAGACCCACGUCAAGGCUGCCAUGGAAGGCGUGUCGAACCUCAGGCUGGGGACGUGGCAGCAGACUAUGGUGCCCAUCAGUCAGAUGACAGAUGUGCUACGUGUGGUCAAGGAAGUGCCCACUUUGAAGCGUGGAGCGUGGGUCAGGCUGAAGAGAGGUAUCUUCAAGGAUGAUUUGGCUCAGGUGGACUACGUUGAUGCUUCACAGAACAAUGUUCACCUGAAGCUCAUUCCACGUAUUGACUACACUCGCAUGAGAGGAGCAUUGAGAUCUAGCCAGUCCGACAAUGACCUCAAGAGAAAGAAGUUCCGCCGGCCGGCACAGAAGCUCUUUGACAUCGAUGCCAUCAGGGCCAUUGGUGGUGAAGUUACACAGGAUGGUGACUUCCUCAUCUUCGAGGGCAACCGUUUCACUCGCAAGGGAUACCUGUACAAGACCUUUGCCAUGUCGGCCAUCAUGGCUGAUGGUGUCAAGCCGACACUUAGUGAGCUGGAGAAGUUUGAGGAGCAGAGUCUGGCAGAUAUGGAGCUCACCACCUCCAAUCGUGAGGAUGAAGGGCACAGCUUUGCACCUGGAGAUAAUGUUGAGGUGUGCGAGGGUGAAUUGAUGAACUUGAUGGGCCGCGUCACACGUGUUGAUGGCAACAAGAUCACCAUCUUACCCAGGCACGAAGACCUCAAGGAUGAGCUCGAGUUCAUGGCUCAUGAGUUGAAAAAGUAUUUCAGUCAGGGAGAUCACGUGAAGGUGAUUGCUGGCCGCUACGAGGGAGACACUGGGCUUAUUGUCCGUGUAGAGGAAAACAUGAUUGUCCUCUUCUCUGACUUGACUAUGCACGAGCUCAAGGUCUUGCCUCGAGAUCUCCAGUUGUGUGCGGACGUAGCAACAGGUGUGGACUCCCUUGGACAGUACCAGUGGGGAGACUUGGUAUCACUAGAUGCUCAAACUGUUGCCGUCAUCGUGCGCCUGGAGAAGGAGAACUUCCAGGUCCUCAACAUGCAUGGUAAGCUGGUUCAUGUCAAGCCCCAGGCUGUGCACAAGAAGAAGGAGAACCGCAGAGCCAUGGCCCUCGACUCGGAGCAGAACACCAUUCAGGUCAAAGAUGUCGUUAAGGUUAUUGACGGCCCGCAUUCGGGUCGUCAAGGUGAGAUUCGUCAUUUGUAUCGCAACUUUGCCUUCCUCCACUCGAAGAUGAUGAUUGAGAAUGGUGGUAUUUUUGUGUGCAAGACAAGGCAUUUAGUUCAGGCUGGUGGUGCAAAGUCCUCGGGUGGAGGCCUAGGAGUGGGUGGAAUGGGCAUGGGCACAGGAUUCAUGUCCCCUCGACUCAGCUCCCCAGCCCACCCUGCUGGCGGCGGUGCGCCUGAUCGAGGGGGUGCAGACCGUGGCUUUGGGGAUAGGAACCGUGGACGAGGACGAGGGAGAGGCAUGGGCCGUGAUCGUGGUAUCAUUGGACAGACUAUUAAGAUCACACAGGGACCGUACAAAGGUCACGUCGGUAUUGUCAAGGAUGCCACUGAUUCGACUGUGCGUGUGGAGCUCCACUCCAAGUGCCAGACCAUUAUUGUGGACAGAUCCCGUGUGGCAGCAGUGGGGGCCACUGCCAGGUCUGGAUCCGUCACCUCCUAUGCCCGCACUCCCACCUGGGCCGGCUCAGCUACUCCCAUGUAUGGCAACACUGGUUCACGCACUCCAAUGUAUGGCUCACAGACUCCUCAGUACGAAGGGUCACGUACACCUCAUUAUGGCAGCAUGACUCCAUCACACGAUGGGUCAGCAACACCUGGCAGACAAUCGGCAUGGGAUCCUACCAUCACCAACACUCCUGCAAGGAAUUCAGAAUUCGAUGAAUACUCCUAUGAUGAUGCCUCACCUUCUCCAGCUUACAAUCCUGGUACUCCAGGCUACCAGUCUGAUGCAGGCCAGGGUCCAUACACCCCUCAGACCCCUGGCACAGUGUACAGCUCAGACCACAACUACAGCCCAUACCAAGCUGAGCCCUCACCUUCAGGAUACCAGCCUGGUGGAAGUCCUGCUGGAUAUGCUGGAACCCCAAGUCCAGGUACAGGAUACCAGGGCUCCCCCUCGCCUGGAUCAGGUUAUGCUUCUCCAUCUCCUCUGGCCUCGUACAGCCCAAUGACACCUGGAGCUCCUUCCCCGUACAAUCCUCAGACACCGGGAGCAGCAGGCCUAGAUUCUCUCAGCAUGCAUGACUGGCAGACAACGGACAUUGUUGUGAGAAUCAAGGAGACCCAUGAUGACUCUGGUCUGAUUGACCAGACAGGUGUUAUCCGAGGAGUCUCUGGUGGGAUGUGUUCGGUGUUCCUGCCAGAGGAGGAGCGAGUCGUCAAUAUUCUUGGGGAGCACCUGGAACCUGUGACUCCUGCCCAGGGUGAUCGGGUCAAGGUAAUCUUUGGAGAAGAAAGGGAACAGACAGGGAACCUUCUUUCGAUUGAUCACAGUGAAGGAGUGGUGAAGCUUGACCAUGCUGAUGUGAAGAUGUUGCAGCUGCGCUACUUGUGCAAGAUGAAAUAAACGUCAGUAUGCCUGUGA